GGAUAGUGGAUAGGGAUUAGGGAUGCAGAAAUUGCUGAAAGUGAAAAAGAGAAAUAUGGCAAAAUUCAUACCUAAUAACAAGUACUUACUAUAGUGUGACCUAUAGUAAGUUCUUGCUAAUAAUUAUCGUACUAUAGCUACUUGUUUAAAAUCGUAAAUAUUAUUUAUUUCCAAUGCUUUUAAGCCUUUUAUCUUGCGUUGGGUUUAUUUUGCUCACUUUGAGUUUGCCACUGGCCCACUGCUACCACAAUAAUUUUUUUUUCGGUCGUACCUGCUGUUAUAUCAGCUUAUGCCAUCUUAUGCAUUAAUAGGCGCUUGUUGUACCGUGCCUGAGUUUUCUACUCAUUGGAUUUCAUCAACGCCUUGGAUUGUACAACCUGCGAUUAUUGUAUGGAGGAUCCACGGAGUGAAAGGGAUUUUGGAGAUCGGUGCCCACUACUAGGUCUAUGAAGGAAGCCCAUCACUGCAGUCUGCAGACAACAGUUACUCUUCGAAAACAGAAUUCUUAUUCGGAAUGUGGAACUGCAAUUCUUAUGGUUCUUGUCACGGUAAUAAAUCAAUGCAGUGAUGGCUCGACUGAUUUUCCCUAUUUCGUCUUCCCGGAUUGUGCUGCAGCGGUCUCCCCUUGCAUCUUGCAAACUGCAUUUAACGCGCCAUCAGGCUAUUUUCCCCACCACGAGAUCCAUUGGCUUUGGCUUACUUAAAAGCCGUACAAAGGAAUAUGCCGAAAGACGUGUACUAGGUUAUUCCAUGGAUCAAAUGUAUGACGUCGUCGCGGAUGUGCGGAAAUACAAGGAGUUUGUUCCAUGGUGUACGAAUUCCAGCUUGGUUUACAGUAAGGAAAGCACCGCGUCUCCUGGGAAUGAGAAAUACCAAAUGGAAAUCGGUUUUCCUCCCAUUACCGAGCGCUACACGUCCAAUGUCACUUUUGUCAAACCUUAUCUAGUCAAAGCCGUCAGCACGGAAGGUCGUUUGUUCAAUCAUUUGGUAACGGAAUGGAAGUUUAGUCCCGGCCUAAAAGAUCAUCGUGAUACAACUUGCACGCUAGAUUUUUUUGUUUCCUUUGAAUUUCGAAAUGUGCUUUAUACAAAAAUGUCAGAUUUGUUUUUCGACGAAGUUGUCCGUCAGAUGGUAAACGCCUUCCUCAAACGAGCCAAGCUGAAAUACGGAGCGGCUUCAAUCCCGGAUCAAAAGCCGUUAUCUAUACGAGCGAAAUGAUUUUGUUUCGCUGUUCUUUCUGCAUUUUUGAACUAUCUUCUCCGAAAAUUAUAGGUUCGCAUAGUUGUGAUACAUCAAAGAAUUUAUUAGCUUUAUAAAACCGCCGGAAAUCAGCCCAAUAUGGAGACGAUAUGUUGUACAAAUGAGAAACGGAAUAAAGAAUGACUACUAUAA